AGAGGAUUCCGAGUGAGACUUCUGGAGCCAGCGGGACACCCCAGUUCUCUCCCAGUGCGACGCAGCUGCACACAUCGUCCACAAGGAACUUUCCAUUCAGAAGAAAUGCUGUGGCCCUUCUCUUGACCCACAGCAAACGGUGCACAAUAAACUGCAUAGCUGAAGAAAUUACAGACUCCUCACAAAUGAGACAUUCAAGGCUGCAUAGUCUCCAGCUGAAGGAAAAUAACUAACAGCUUCUCCGCAGUGUAGAUUGGAAGACGGGGAAGAUGAACCUCACAAACUGUACCACAGAAGCCAGCACCACUGUAAGACCCAAGACCAUCACAGAGAAGAUGUUUAUUUGCCUGACUCUGGUGAUUAUCACCACCCUGACCAUGUUGCUGAACUCGGCUGUGAUUGUGGCCAUCUGCACCACCAAGAAACUCCAUCAGCCUGCAAACUAUCUAAUCUGCUCUCUGGCGGUGACAGACCUCCUGGUGGCAGUGCUGGUCAUGCCCCUGAGCAUCAUGUACAUUGUCAUGGACAGCUGGAAGCUUGGGUACUUCGUCUGUGAGGUGUGGCUGAGUGUGGACAUGACCUGCUGCACCUGCUCCAUCCUCCAUCUCUGUGUGAUUGCCCUGGACAGGUACUGGGCCAUCACCAAUGCUAUUGAAUAUGCCAGGAAGAGGACAGCCAAGCGGGCUGGACUGAUGAUCCUCACCGUGUGGACCAUCUCUAUCUUCAUCUCCAUGCCCCCUCUGUUUUGGAGGAGCCACCGCCAACUCAGCCCACCCCCCAGUCAGUGCACCAUCCAGCAUGACCAUGUCAUCUACACCAUUUACUCCACACUUGGGGCAUUUUAUAUCCCCUUGACUUUGAUCCUGAUUCUCUAUUACCGCAUUUACCAUGCGGCCAAGAGUCUUUACCAGAAAAGGGGAUCGAGCCGGCACUUAAGCAACAGAAGCACAGACAGUCAGAAUUCUUUUGCAAGUUGUAAACUUACACAGACUUUCUGCGUGUCUGACUUCUCCACCUCAGACCCUACCACAGAGUUUGAAAAGAUCCACACCUCCAUCAGGAUCCCUCCCUUCGACAAUGAUCUAGAUCACCCAGGGGAACGCCAGCAAAUCUCUAGCACCAGAGAACGCAAGGCAGCUCGCAUCCUGGGACUGAUUUUGGGUGCAUUCAUUUUGUCUUGGCUGCCAUUCUUCAUCAAAGAGUUGAUUGUAGGUCUGAGCAUCUACACUGUGUCCUCUGAAGUGGCUGAUUUUUUGACAUGGCUUGGCUAUGUUAAUUCUCUGAUCAACCCUCUGUUGUACACGAGUUUUAAUGAAGACUUUAAGCUGGCUUUUAAAAAGCUCAUUAGGUGCCGAGAACAUASUUAGAUUGUAAAAAACCCAAAAGUGUGACUUUUACCAGAGCUCAUGAGUGAACGGGGGUAUGGGGUACAGCUUACUAAUUCUUGAACAUACUUGGUUCAGGAGAGUUUGUAAGUAUAUGUGGUCUUGUUUGGUUGGUUUCUUUUUCUUUUUUUCUUUUGUUAUUUGGUGUGCUGUUUUCUACCUCUGGUCUUAUUUGUGGUACCUCAUUUCAAAUAAACAUUAUCAUA